GAAGUUUCUUGUAUUACUCCAAAAUCUUGAGCUCUCUAAACUGAUUAUAUAGAGACUUUACAAAUACAUUUCAUAUACUCAAUUUUGUAAGAAAUAAAGGAGGAAUUAGAAAGACAACAUUGAUAAAUCAAAAAUGGAAGGCGUGAGAGAAAAAGAAGAAGAGGUGAAAUUAUUAGAUUUCUGGGCAAGUAUGUUUUGUAUGAGGGUUAAAAUAGCAUUAGCUGAGAAAGCCAUUACUAAGUAUGAUUGCAUAAUUGAAGAUCUUGGAAGUGACCAUAAAAGUUCACUUCUUUUAGAAAUGAACCCAAUUCACAAAAAAAUCCCUGUUCUUAUACACAAUCAUAAACCCAUUUCUGAAUCCAUGAAUAUUGUGGAGUAUAUUGAUGAAUAUUGGAAGGGGGACACUCCUUUCCUAUCUUCUCAUCCUUACCACAGGGCACAAUCAAGAUUCUGGGCUCAUUUUGUGGAUACUAAGUUUUUUGAAGCAAGCAAUAAGUUAUGGAGAACAAAGGAUAGCAAAGAAAGAGAAGAAGCAAAAGCAGAGUUCAUAGAAUGUCUAAAGACACUAGAAGAUGUGUUGGGAGAUAAGUGUUAUUUUGAGGGAGAUAAAUUUGGGUAUAUAGACAUUGCCCUAAUUCCAUUUUACAGCUGGUUUCAAGUUUAUGAAACUUGUGGAAGUUUUAAUAUUGAAUUAGAGUGUCCCAAAAUCAUUGCUUGGGGUAAAACAUGUGUACUUAGACAUUCUGUUAACACAUCUAUUCCUGAAAUGGAUAAACUUUCUGAGUUUAUCUUGGAAAUUAGGAAACAAUACUUUGGAAUCUCAUAAUAAUUGCAUUUUCAUUCUUAGUUAAUAUACUAAGUUGCUCUUUUAUGUUUUAUUAAGGUUUCAUGUAAGAUUAGAAUAGAAGAACAUCAUCAUUAUGAUAUGUAAAUCUUGCAAAUGAAUGCAAUAGAUUAAUAGUUUCCAUGA